UGAGCGCUGCACACAACAUGGAGGACAGUGAAAGCAAUCUGUAAUAAGCAGUCAUGGCAUCGGAAAAUAACAAUCAGUUACAGCCAAACCAGGCUGUGUUAUUUUAUUAUGAAGCAAUGAAAAUGUCGGAGUUUAGGCAGGUCUGAAAUCAGCAGUGGAAGAUGUUUUGUCUCCGGCUGUCCCUGAGGCUACAGCGCGGGACACAAGUUUGUUCUGUGUCCCAGCAGAGCGUCCAUAAACUUGCUUCACUUCAGAAAGCCACAAUGCUUCCCCCAAAGAAAGCCCAAAGCUUACUUUACCCCUUUAGUGAGCUGGAGGUUUACCUGGACAGGUCUGUGGACAGGACAGAGUUCCAGCUUUUUCAUCCCAGUUUGGAGGACAUGGUUAAAGCAGAAAAGCUCUUCUGCUCUUCACAGUCUCAUAAAAUUGAUUACUACGUCUCUGCAGAGAGGAUGGACCAUGUACCUGCACUGAAACCACCAGAGGUGUGUUUCAUUGGCAGAAGCAACGUGGGCAAGUCGUCCCUCAUCAAAGGUCUCUUCUCACUGACUCCUGAGGUAGAAGUCCGAGUCUCCAAAACUCCAGGUCACACAAAGAAAAUGAACUUCUUUAGAGUGGGCAAAGCUUUCACCAUCGUUGACAUGCCCGGCUAUGGACACAGAGCACCCAAAGACUUUGUGGAUAUGGUAGAGCCGUAUCUUUACACAAGGAAAAAUCUGGUGAGGACAUUCCUGCUGGUUGAUGGCAGUGUUGGUCUCCAGAAGGCUGACAUGAUCGCCUUGGAGAUGUGUGAGGAGACCAGAUGUCCAUAUGUGAUGGUGGUGACAAAGAUUGACAAAUGUGGACAUGGAACACUGUUGAAAAACUUAAUGAAUCUUCAGGAUGUGGUGAAAACACAUACUACAAGCUGCUUCCCUCAGCCAUUCCUGGUCAGCUCCCUGCAGUUUUGGGGGAUCUACCUCCUGAGAUGCUUCAUUGCCCAUGUGACAGGACACAUCAUUUUAGCGGACACCUCUCAAAGCUGACUAGAGGCCAGCUUAUUCUAAAUGGUUGGAACUGAGACUUGCUAAACUCUAUACAUCUAAACUGCUUCAGAGGCUUUUAUUUUCUAAUAAAAUGCAAAACACUC